AUGCCUUCAGCUCAAGAUUACCACGUAAAUCCUCAUUUCCAUAUGGGCGACAGGGAGGGUGAACAUCAGCAGCCGCCAAUGGCACCUGCUACGCCUCGUAUGAUGGGUCGUCGAGUCUCAGAGAGCAGUGCUCCGGGACUCAUGCCCGCUGCUAACAUUGUGAAUGAUACCACGCAACAACCGCAGCAGCAACCGCAACUGCAGACUGUACCACAGUCUGUCCCAGUACCAGCGCAGAGUUUCAACGAUGUGGUUAGUAAUAAACCGUUCCAUAGGAAAUCUUUAGGUGACUGGGAUUUUUUGGAAACAGUAGGGGCGGGCUCGAUGGGUAAAGUGAAGUUGGCCAAGCAUAGAUUAACUAAUGAGGUAUGCGCCAUUAAAAUUGUUAAUAGAGCUGCAAAAUCGUAUAUGCAUAAACAAAAUCAACUACCUCCGCCGAAAACAGAAGAAGAGUUGAUGGAAAGAAAGAAGAAACUUGAAAAAGAACUUUCAAGGGAUAGAAGAACAAUUAGAGAAGCAUCUUUGGGUCAAAUCCUAUACCACCCACAUAUCUGUCGUUUAUUUGAAAUGUGUACCAUGAGCAACCAUUUCUACAUGCUUUUCGAGUAUGUGUCCGGUGGUCAACUUUUAGAUUAUAUCAUUCAACAUGGUUCUUUGAGAGAACGUCACGCGAGAAAAUUUGUUCGUGGCAUUGCAAGUGCAUUGCAAUAUUUGCAUCUGAAUAAUAUUGUGCAUAGAGACUUAAAGAUCGAGAAUAUUAUGAUCUCCACCAGUGGAGAAAUUAAGAUUAUCGACUUUGGAUUAUCUAACCUUUACGAUAACAAGAAACAGUUACAUACAUUUUGCGGGUCACUCUAUUUCGCAGCACCAGAACUACUAAAGGCAAACCCUUACAUUGGACCCGAGGUUGAUAUUUGGUCCUUCGGUGUGGUGAUAUACGUAUUGGUAUGUGGUAAAGUUCCAUUCGAUGACGAAAACGCUAGUGUUUUACACGAGAAGAUUAAGAAGGGCAAAGUUGAAUAUCCACAACAUCUUUCCAUUGAAUGUAUAUCGUUACUUUCAAAGAUGUUGGUUGUAGAUCCAUUGAAAAGAGCUUCUUUGAAACAAGUUUGUAACCAUCAAUGGAUGCAAAGAGGGUUUGAUUUCCCACCCCCUUCGUAUAUUCCACAUAGAGUUCCUUUAACAGUUGAAAUGCUUGAUGUUAACGUAAUCAAAGAAAUGCAUCGUCUAGAGUUGGUUAAUGAUGUUAACGAUGCUUUACAGGCUCUGCGUGACAUUAUUGACUCACAUGAAUAUAAAGAACUGUCAAGAGAAUAUUGGUAUAACGUCCAAAAUUCCAAUAACCAGGAAGAUGGAACCAGAGCAUUCCAUCCUUUGCUUUCUAUUUAUUAUCUAGUCGACGAAAUGCUAAAGAGGAAGCUGGCCAAAAGACUACAGAAACAACAACAGCUACAACAACAGCAACAGCAACAAUUACAGGCUGGUUAUCAAUCCAAACCAUUUCAAGGUCAAUCGCAGCCCAUAUUUCCAUCUGACCAAGUGGACACUUCAAUACCAUUACCUGAUCAAUCGCAGCCAAAAACUCUACAACAACCUGUGUCUGUUAACAAUAGUGAUUAUAUUGUUCGACCAUCAAGUAUCAAGGAAGUAUCUCCAGAACAUACCACUUCUCCGGCAGCGUACAUUCCAUCCAAUUUAGAAAGAAAUUCGACAGUAGUUGCCUCACCAGUUAGGAACAAAGAGCUACCACAGAUUAUGAUCCCUCCAAAACUUGCCAUUCCAGAGCUAGCGCAUACUUCUCCUACUCGAAAAUCAAGCGAUGCAAACCCCGAACUGGACGCAGUAAUGUCACCAUCGCCUGCCCCAAUGGAUUAUCCAUCCCAACAAGAGCAAACCAAACAACAACAGGCUAACAAGUACAACAUGGGCUCGGUAAAAACAAGCACUACAAGCAGUGAGAAGCCAAAGAUAGGUUCUAUUUUCCGUAGACUUUCACAGCGCCAUCGCCAUGCUCAGACCAUAAACCAGGGCUCGUUACAAGUGCAGGAGCCGAAAUCAGUGGCGUUACAAACAAAUGCUGCGCCAAAGGUAAGGAAAACGCAUACUCGUACAGUAUCAGAACAUGUACCGUCUACAUCUCGUUACGCAGACCCGUAUUACUCUGAAAAUGCUCCUAGAGAUAUGCAAGGGGACUUGCCGGCACUACCAGCUAAUGCAGACGUAUUGGUGAAACAACAACAAGAAAGGUUGAAUGACUUGAAGUUGAAUAAUGAAUUAGAUGAUGAAUCUGAGACUCAAUCCACUAAAUAUGACGAAAACCAACCACUUGCUCUUUUGUCUCUGCCUAAAGGAAAGAAACUCCAUCCAAGUGCAAGGGCUAAGUCUGUGGGGCAUGCACGUCGUGAGUCAUUAAAGUAUAAUCGUCCUCCUGUAUUAACAACUUCUGCUGCCAAUACUUCCAGCGAUGGUUCAACUGCACCAGGUCGUAUUAAUACUAACGAUGAUGGCUUCCUGCAAUCAAGCUCAGAAGGCAACGCACUCCAGAUAGACGACAUAUCACCCUGGGAAGAACUAACUGAUGAACAAAUUAUUGAAAGAGCAUCCAAAGCUCCUCCAGGUUCAAUGCCAUCGAUCGACUUCCCACGUUCUUUAUUCCUAAAAGGCUUUUUCUCUGUCCAAACAACAUCUUCUAAACCAUUACCUGUCGUUAGAUACAAGAUUAUUAGUACGUUGAAAAAGUUAAACAUCGAAUUUACAGAAGUAAAAGGCGGUUUUAUCUGCUGUCACAGACAAUCUUACGUAUCUCAAGAGCAGCCUCCAAACCACGGUAGGCAUCCUUCUAUUGUUAUUAAUGAAACUUCUUCAUUGGAAUCAAACAGCUCAACAGCAAACUCCCAUAGAAAACAAUUGUCAAUACCAUCACGUCAUGGUUCCAUUAGAAGACAUGGUUCACUCAAACAACCAGGAAUCCCAGCCACACCUCUGGCUGCUGCAACGCAUGAACGAAAUCUGUCUGUCACUUCGCCACGUACUAGUACUGGGCAAAUCCUAGAGGAAGUUUCUACUGCAUCCUUCGAAACUCUGAAUAAUCAAGAGGACAUAUUGACUAAUUCAAAGGCACAAGAUAUGAAUAAAGUUGUUAUCGGCAAUAAGAAUGAAGCAGGUAAUAAAGAAAGGCCACCUUUGAAGUUUGAGAUACAUAUCGUUAAGGUCAAGCUUGUUGGCUUGGCUGGUGUCCAUUUCAAGAAAGUUUCUGGUAAUACAUGGAUGUAUAAGGAAUUGGCUACACAUAUUUUGAAGGAAUUAAAUUUAUAG